UACCGUGAAAAUGGAAUUAGAGCUCUGUGAAUUAUUAACCAAGGGGAUGUAAAAACAAGUUGCGUUGUGAUGUGGAAGGUCUGUGUCCCCAUUCUGCAGAAGGUUAUUCAGAAUUAAUUCUCAUGUCAGCAGAACACUCAACCAUCACAGUCCGUCUUGUUCGCUCUUUUGAACACCGGAACUUCAGACCUGUGGUAUAUCAUGAAGUUAACUUGGAUCAGACAGUGAAGCAGUUCAUUACUUUUGUGCAGAAGGAUGUGCCUUCAAGAACAGGACUUCCUCCUCCUUUCAAAAAUUACAAGUAUGAUACAAUGAAGAUUAUUCACCAAGCACACAAAUCUAAGACUGGUGAACUUGUAGUGAGUUUGGACGAUGAUGACAAACUGAUUUUGAAAGAAGACAGUACACUGAAAGCAGCUGGAGUAGCAAAUGAGACCGAAUUGGCAUUCUUCUGUGAGGAAGAUUACAGAAACUACAAAGCUAAUCCUGUUUCGGCCUGGUGAAGAUCCCAAGAGAUUAUUUUGUUUUCCCAUACAUGUUGUAAAUUUUCCUUAUUUUGCUUAAUGAGAUUCUUCUUAAAGAUCAAUAAAUCCUAGAGGAUUGCUUUGCAAACAGUGCA